AUGACUGACACUGUUCGAGGCGGGAUCAAGAAGCAUGAAUUAGCUAUUGACUAUUUACAAGCAAUUGAGAAGAAGUUCAAAGAGUCUCAAAAGGCAAAAAUUAGUCGAUAUAUGGCAAUGCUUACCACUUACAAGAUUAAGGGCACAUGUUCAAUUAGAGACCACAUCAUGACAAUGACUAAUGCAGCUGAGAAAUUGAAUUCUCUAGAUGUCAACAUUGGUGAGAAACAACUGGUGUUCAUGCUCCUUCAAGCUCUUCCAAGCAAAUAUAGCCAGUUGAAGGUGUCUUAUAAUACUCAAGACAAGAACUGGGAUGUCAAUGAGCUAAUAGCACAAUGUGUUCAAGAAAAGACUAGACAAGAGCAAGAAAGAGGAAAAGAUGCUGAGAUAGUGAACUUUGUUUAA